CCGAGGGUUGCUGCAUGCUCGGCGCCGAGGGUUGAGUUGAGUGCGGCGCCGGGGAUUCGAAUGAGUGCGGCGCCGCGGGUUGAGUUGAGUGCGGCGCCGGGGAUUCGAAUGAGUGCGGCGCCGCAGGCUGAGUUGGGUGCGGCGCCGGGGAUUCGAAUGAGUGCGGCGCCGGGGGUUCGAAUGAGUGCGGCGCCGCGGGUUGAGUUGAGUGCGGCGCCGAGGGUUCGAAUGAGUGCGGCGCCGAGGGUUGGGUUGGGUGCGGCGCCGGGGAUUCGAAUGAGUGCGGCGCCGCAGGCUGAGUUGGGUGCGGCGCCGGGGAUUCGAAUGAGUGCGGCGCCGAGGGUUGGGUUGGGUGCGGCGCCGGGGGUUCGAAUGAGUGCGGCGCCGCAGGCUGAGUUGGGUGCGGCGCCGAGGGUUGGGUUGGGUGCGGCGCCGGGGAUUUGA